CUCUCUGCCUUCUGCCCCACACCAAAAGUGAUCAGGUGCAUGACCAACACCCCUGUGAUUGUCCGGGAAGGUGCGACGGUCUAUGCCACCGGGACGCACGCGGACGUGGAGGAUGGGAAGCUCUUGGAACAACUGAUGGCCAGCGUAGGCUUCUGCACCGAGGUGGAAGAGGACCUGAUAGAUGCUGUAACAGGGCUGAGUGGCAGUGGCCCCGCGUAUGCGUUCACUGCCCUGGAUGCUCUGGCAGACGGCGGAGUGAAGAUGGGCCUUCCCCGCAGACUGGCUGUUCGACUUGGAGCACAGGCCUUGCUGGGCGCUGCCAAAAUGCUGUUAGAAUCUGAGCAGCAUCCUGGCCAGCUGAAGGACAACGUCUGCUCGCCCGGGGGGGCCACCAUCCACGCCCUGCACUUCCUGGAGAGCGGUGGCUUUCGCUCGCUCCUGAUCAAUGCUGUGGAGGCUUCCUGCAUCCGGACGAGGGAGCUGCAGCACUUGGCAGACCAGGAGAAGAUCUCCCCAGCAGCCAUAAAGAAGACUUUGUUGGAUAAGGUGAAGCUGGAGUCUCCCUCUCUCUCCAUGGCAUCUGCCGGCAAAGUCAGCCUGUUCAACAGCAAGAGCCCCAGCAGCAAGAACUGAGCAGGCCGCUGCAUUCCGGCCGCACUCCGGUCUCCUCCACGCCCUUUCUCUCUGCCUCAGGAAAAGCGCUCACCCUGGAUGUUGGUGUCCCCAAAGCUGGCUCUGGCCUUGCCGCAGCUGUGGGGCA